AUGUCUUUUUCAUCUAGUCAAGAGAAAAGCCUCAGCUCACCAGAGGCAGAGGUUACUCCUGGAGGAGAUCAUGUUUUAGGUGUACCCGAAUUCUAUAUCGAUGGAAAGGUAAAUUUCGUCGGUGAACAAGGUGGAAAUGGUGCUCAGGCUACUAUCCAAGAUGUAUCUGGCGCUCCAGUCGAAAGUCAGAACCCCCUUGGAUACUCUGUUGGCUGGUGGUCAGCUCUGUUCUUGAAUAUAACCAUGUUGAUUGGGACUGGUAUAUUUUCCUUCCCAUAUACAGCUUCCAGUCUACUAAAAUCACUCGGGUCCGUCGGUCUAGCAUUGAUUUAUUGGCCAAUUGGUUUGCUCAUCUCCUUGGCUGGUAUUUCGGUGUACUUGGAAUUUGCUUCCUACUUCCCCUCGCGAUCAGGAGCAGAAGUGGUAUACCUAGAACAAGCAUUCAGAAAACCGAAGUACUUCUUCCCCGUGGCGUUCGCAGUUCAGACUGUCAUCCUCUCUUUCGUCAGUUCGAACGUGAUUGUUGUUGCGGAAUACAUCUUCAAGAUGACUGAUCAUACACCUUCCGAUUGGGAAUCAAAGGGAGUAGGCAUCGCGGCAUUGACCAUCAUCUGUCUCCCUAUCUGGUUCAGCACCAACUUUUCAUUACGUCUUUCCAAUUUCUGCGGUAUCGCCAAGAUUAUCACUAUGCUUUUAAUCAUUAUACCAGGCUUUGUGGCAUUGGGAGGUCACCUCAAAGCUGUUCCCGAUCCAAAGGCGAAUUUCCGAAACGCUUUUGAGGGCACAAGAAAUAACGGAUACAGUCUGUCCAACGCUUUGGUCAGUAUCAUCUUCUCUUACGGUGGUUAUACAAACUCUUUCAAUGUGGCAAAUGAAAUAAAAAAUCCGAUCAAGACGAUAAGGAGGACGGCAAAUACAGCGGUCAUUUUCGUGGCGAUUCUGUACAUGUUGGCGAAUAUUGCUUAUUUUGCUGUUUUGACUAAAGAAGAAAUUAAAGGAUCGACCCAAGUUACAGCUAGUAUCUUCUGGGAAAAGCUCUUCGGCGACAGAGCCGCAAAGGGUCUCACGAUCUUACCGGUUCUCAGUGCUUCCAGUAACAUCUUGACUACGAUGGUGGGACAUACCAGGAUGAUCCGAGAGAUCGGUCGACAAGGUGUGUUACCUUACCCUAGAUUUUGGGUUACUACUUGGCCCUUCGGUACACCCACCGGAGCAAUCAUUGCCAUCUGGGUUGUAUCUUUCAUCAUCAUCGUUGCUCCACCUGCAGGAAGUGCCUUCAACUUCAUCGUUGCACUGCAAAAUUACCCUUCUUCAUUCUUCUUGGCAUUGAUGACAUUGGGAUUGUUCAUCGUUAGAAGGGAUAGGAAAAGGUUAAACCUCCCCAGACCGGAAUAUCGAAGUUGGACCAUAGUGGUUCUGUUCUUCUUGGCCGCCAACUUAUUCUUGAUUAUCAUGCCAUGGGUGCCUCCCAGCGGUGGUAUCAACAAUAGUUCUUUUGGUUUCUUCUAUGGGGCUUCAUCGUUGGCAGGAUUAGGAAUUGUAUUCCUCUGUGCUUUUUAUUUCGUACUUUGGUCAAAAUUGUUACCUAAAUUAGGUGGAUAUCAAUUACGCCAAGUGGUUAUUUCCCUUCCGGAUGGGUCAAUCUCCCAUCAGCUCAUCAAAGUCAGGAAUGACGAAGUGGACGAAUGGGAUCUGAAACACGAUCUCAGUGGAAGAUCUCUGAGGGAGUAUGAAUACCGGGCUUAG